ACAGAAGACUAGGGUUUUGUCCUUUUGUUUUUUCCUCGGCGGCUUGUAUAAAUAGUUUUCUCGAGCUAUUGAAUCUUAAAAUCUGUUCGACGAUUUGUCUGAUUAAGCUAGUUUUUUUAUAGAUUUUCUUAUUCGAUCUUGAUUUCUUUUGGUUUGUGUUUUGAUUAGAGCAUCGGUGAUGAAUCCAUGAAAAAAUUGUUAUCCUUGCACUUUGAUUGCUAGUGAAGAAACAAAUGGGGUUUUCGAUUUCUGAGAUGCUCUUUUACUUUUUGUGUCUUCUGUGUGAUUCAAUGCUCGAUUUUGCUUCGUGUUAGGAUUGGAUCGGUGAUUGAUUAGUUUAAAUACUGCGUUAUCUUUCUGCAAAUCUCUAUAAAGGAUUUGAAGAUAAACCAUGAAAAACCUGAGAUCCAAUGUUUUAUAAUCACUUGUUUUAAAUUUGGUUUUGGUUAGAAUCAGAUCGAUGAUGUCUAUUGAAAUACUGCGUUAUCUAUCUUAAAAUCUCCGAAAUAGGAGUUGCAGACACUAAACAGAAAACGCUGAGAUCUGGUAUUAAGCCUAAUUAAAUUUAUAGGGUUUAUGAUAAUUGCUUGUUGUUUUGUUCUUAAUAUUGGUUUUUGGGUUUUUGAUUCGCUUAAACAUCCAUGCUAUAUAAAUUUAUUCCACAUACAAUUGAAGUAGAAAUGGUUUUAAGACUAGAUGUUAGAAUUUAGAAAUUGCUUGUAUUUCUGAUAAUCAACGAAUAGUGUUAAUUUGUUAUAGCGUCAACACAUUCCUAAGGAAUAUGACUAUAUGGUUAGCGACUUGGAAAGAUAGAACUGAACUGCAAACGAGAUGGACUGAUGCAAUUAGUAACUUGAUGUGAUUAAUAUGACUCUAAUUUAACUUACAACUUCAAAGCAGUUUAUCUAAAAAAGGUUUGUGCUAAAAGUCAUCUAAAAAUUUGUUAGAACUUUGAAGCAUACAAUGAGAUUUCUUCGGAGACAAAACCUUAUUUAUAAUAAAGGCAUACGAAACUGAAAUUAACUCAAAACUAUCAGAUGUCAAUUAAAUAACAAAAAAUGACUAAAACGAAAACAACCAUCGAUUGGUUACAAUUUAGACUCACCAGUUUUUUAAAAGAGACUUACCGAAAAAGCCAUUAUUCUGGUAAAAAAAAAAACCACCAACAAACCAGCCCAAACCGGACGGUCCAGCGAAAAAAUCUUAAAAUCGAACGGUUAAGUUAACAUACCUUGAUUUCCAAUUUUGUCCCUUAGAAAAAAUUUGGCUUAACCCGCCACAAGAAAUCUCCCGGCAAAAUCGAAUUAAACCGUUCCAAAAUCUCCCGCUACUCCUUUUACCUUCUUCUUCUAAUCAUCUUCUCCCUAUCCUUGGCUUCUUCGCAUUCCGAUCUUUAGGGUUUCGAAGAAAUGGCGAAAUCAAACAGAUCCAAGACUUCAGAGCGUAUAAUAGGCAAUGGUGAAGUUACUCCGAUUCAAGUCGCCUUCCUCGUUGAUCGAUACCUCUGCGAUAAUCGCUUUUUAAAAACCCGAUCUCUUUUCAGAUCUGAAGCUUCUUCUCUCAUCUCUAAUUCUCCAGUUCGCGAAGUUCCGAAUAGUUUGUUACCUUUGAAUGAGAUUUUGAACGAAUAUAUUCGACUCAAGAAGGAGAAGAUGAUGAUGGAUCAGGAGAAAACGAAACUGGAUCAAGAGAAAACUCGAGUUCAGAAUCUAUUGAAUGGGAUGCAAGAUGUGAUGAAUGCUUAUAACUCCACCGUCAUCGCAGCUCCUCCUCCUCCUCCUCCGGCGAUUGCGGCCGCAGCUUCAAAGGAGGUCCAAGUGGUUGCUUCAAGUUCUAUACAGAACAACUUCGGUGUCUCUUCUUCAGGCUGCACUGUGUACAACACAGCUAAUGUUAUGCCAGUAUCAUUACCAGGAAACAAAAGAGUUGGGAAUUUCACAGCACCUUGUAUCAGUCAGUCUAUAACCAAAAAGCGAAAGAGUCCUGAAGUUUCUCUAGGAGCUCCUUCUGUUACUAGGAAAGGUAUGAAAAAGAUGCCACAAGCUGAUAAGGUGACUAAUUACUUGACAUUUCAAACACCAUCUGAAAUGCAAACGCCGGUGAACAACGGUGUAGCUAAUGAGUCGUCUGAUCUUACAUCAAGUGUGGCAAAGUGUUUGUUUGACAAAUCAGGCACGUCUCCUCCGACCAAUUCAGCUUGUCCAAGGACACCACAACAGAAAGUAUCUCCUCAGAGUGAUAAAGAAGUUACUCCUACAAACUGCACAAUUGUUACUAAGGAGAGAAUCACAGUCAGUCCUCUCAAACAAAUUGCUUCUUAUACAGUGGAAAGGAGCCAUACGGUUUCUUCUUUUUCGCCGGUAAAGUCUAAUCUUAAAAUGUCGAGUAAAAGAGAUCAUGUGAAAGGAAGGCUCAACUUCGAUGACACUGAAGCCACAAUGCACUUAGAUGCACCUGCCACUGCGGAUAUAGUUUCAACUUCCUCAUCUGGCUCUGAAGCAGAAGCUGAUUUAUUUGACAUAGAUUUCUCAAAUAUAGAUCUUCUGAGUGAAGACUUUUCAUUUUCGGAGCUACUAGUCGAUUUCGAUCUUGGUUGUGAAGGAAUGCCAGACCCUUGCCUACCACAGCCAUCAAAUUUCCACAUAGAGAAUGCUUCAGGGUCAUCUCCUGAAUCAAGAAACACGAAUCUAGAGCCUGAUCAGGUUGUAUCAGAGUAUACAUCAACAGUAACAGAAAUGAUUCAAGGGAAAGACAUGAACACACAAGGAUCUGACUCUAUGACUACUGUAAAGUCCAUAACAAAAUGUCUACAAAUCUUAAGUCCUGCUAAGAAUUGCAGACAGAGAGUCACAAUUGACUGAUUCGAUUCUCCGAGUUGAUCACCACGCUUCUAUGCAUUUUGAGAGGUUCAACAUUAUCUUAGAUCGUUUUUUGAAUAUAUUGUGAGAACGUAGCCCUUUGGUGAGCUCCUGACUAGUUCUAAAUGUAAGUUAUAUACAUUAUUAAUUAUCUCCUGUUAAGUUAGUAUAGUUUUUGGUAGCUCAAUUCUCUACAUAACUAUUGAUAAAAGUAGAAUUAACUUGUUAUUUUAAUUCAUGUCUCUGUUUGAUUUACCACCAAAA